AUGAGUGACGACGAAGGCGGCCAUCUUUUUGAUGAGCACGUUUGGAGGCAGGAGUCAUAUUGGCAAGUCCCGAUCGAAGAGUAUGCCCAUACAGUCGUUGAGAUGGAGGAGGAAGUGAAUCGGGUCAUGACUGAGGGUUGCAAGUUAGACGCUUGCCUGGAUUGGUUCAUCUAUUGCAUGAAGGAGAUCAACAUAAACCCUGUCCGGUGCUUGGAUGCCCCCGACACCUUCGAAGCAUCUGAGGGUUCCAGAUUGGAGGAAAUCAAAGAAGAACUGCGAGAAAACCUAAAUCGCUUAAUACCUGGCUAUCUCGAUGGCGAAUCAGACAUUUUGAAGGUCAAGAAAUUGAUGAACAGACUGCAGAGUCGAUGGUAUAAAGUCCAAGUGAGUAGCAAUGCCAAGAAGCGAGAUGGAGUUUCCAAUGCACUUUUGGAUACUCUAAUGGAGAAGCAUUGUCAUCAGCCGAGUGAACAUGUGAAAGCCUCUUCAUUCCCUAGAUUGCAAGAAACGCAAGACAGCUUUGUGGAUUCAUGUCUUCAACUGAAGACGUUCAUUGAAGGGGAGCGAACUACGGCUUCCUAUGCAUGUGGGGGUAGCAUACCUAUUACACAAAAGGCUGCACCGUCUGAGAACCACCCGCGAGUAUCAGGUCCCAUUAACAUCUUCUGGUCGGUGGGACAUGGCUCAGCGCGACGUUUGUCACUACCUCUUAGAGCAGACGCGGAAGACGCGAGCCCCGAAGUGCUACAACACCUGAUUGCCAGCUGUGGUCCGGCCAGCUUUGGUCGCGGAGAGCAGAAUGUGAUGGAUCUAUCCUACCGAAAAGCCGGUAAACUAGAGCCGGAAAACUUUGCAACAAGCUUCCACCCUUCUGACUUUGGGAUUAUCGAAGCUAUUGAGAAGGUGCUGCUUCCUGGAAUACUCGGUGAGACAACAAAUAGAUUAGGAUCGCGCAAGAUCUAUGCGGAGCUUUACAAGAUGAAUAUUUACUCGGGGCCAUCUGGGCUGUUCCGUAGUCACGUUGACACUCCCCGCUCUCAGAGCCAAGUUGGUUCCUUGGUUGUUUGUCUCCCUGCUCGUUUCAAAGGUGGAAACCUCCUCGUAAGGCACCAGGGCAGGGAGGUGGACUUUGAUUGGGCUGUAGGCAGCGAGACCAGCAUCCAGUGGGCUGCCUUCUAUAGUGACUGUGAACAUGAGAUCAAAACCAUAACCGAAGGAGAUCGGAUCACGUUGACCUAUAAUCUAUACGUUUCAAACGGAGCAGACAGCGUGCUUCAAUCGAUAAUGGAUCCCAAGUCACUACCAUUGUACAGCUGGGUCAAGGACCGUCUCAUGAAACCAGGAUUUCUGGACGACGGCGGUGUUCUUGGCAUAUUCUGCUCGCACGCCUACCCUCAUACCUCCAAUGCCACCACCCAUAAUCUCCCAGCAGGGCUUAAAGGGUCAGACGUGGUAUUAUAUUCUGUUUUCCAGUCCCUGGGAUUAGAUGUGCAGGUUCUACCCGUCUUGGAAAACGACGGGACGUACAUCCCCGAAAAUCCCGAGUUAGGGCUCAAAGGGCACACCAAAGGCCGCUUCCACUAUAUCGGCGAGUGUGGUGGCUAUUUCUUUUCAAAUAAUCUCCAGCCAUACCUGGCCAGGAACAAACCACUUGCCGUGAACUUUACUGAAGUACUGCCGCAAGUCGCCAGUCGAGAGGACCUUGCCGAUAUCGACCGACGGUGGAAGCUUUUGAAGAUGACGCGACGUCUGAAGGGUAUGACUGACGCAAUUGCUUUCGCACAAGAAAAAGGCCUUCCGUACACAGGGGAAAGCUCCCUGGCAGAAGAAGGAGCACGGGUUGGAUCAUGGCUGCGACCUUACGACACGACGGAAUUCGGGAACGACAUGCCGAUGGACGAGGUGCUCCACCAUGUGUGGCCCGCAUACCAUCUCCCCGGGAUUACAUGGCUCACGGAGCCAAAGCAUGAGGAGAUGGCUUUCAGUCAGAUCACAUAUGGAAAUGAGGCUGGGAUCGGGACCAGAUACUCGUGCGCUGCUAUACUCGCGGUGAUACCCCCAUGGGAUAGAAGAGAUACCCUUCACGGAAAUGAUGGAUCCGGGGGUAAAUAA